AUGCUACGAUUGGGUCAACAACAGAUAUUUUUAGUCGAGAUCAUCCUCUCGUUGGUGUUUGUGGUGUCGGUGAUACUCAUAGGCAUAACCUUGAAAGCGCGGCAGCGGGCGCAGCUGGACGAGCUAGUCGAACACGAGCGGUUCAACUCGAUAGAACUCAAGAACAAUCGUCCCCUGGAUAUACUCAAGGUCUGCACCAACUCCAAAUGCGCCAUCGUCGUCACGUUUGAGUUGAACCAUAUCAUCACGGCGUGGUCGCCCGUGGAUAAGCGGAAACACAUCUUGUCCAAGGACCUGUGGCCGAUCCAGCAUAUAGCCGUCAGCGAUGAUGGCAUCUACAUCAUCCUCGUCAACUUCAACAAAGGUAGAGUCUACUGUUUUGAAAAUUUCAAGUUCAAGUGGGUAGAGUCGAUUCCGAAAAUCACCCGCGACACCAAGAUCUUGGAGUCCUUUUUCAGAGUACGCACGGUGCCCGGUUAUUUAACUAGAAAGAUGAUGAAGCGCAGCAGCUCGUCAUCUUUAUCAUCGCUAAGUUCCCACAUCAAUGGCAAUUUCCCACCACCUGCUCCUCAGCCUGCUCCUCACCCGGCUUCUCCAUUACCCAACCCUUUCUCGCAACAACUGCAGAUUGUUGAACCAUCAGUGAAGGAAGACUUUGUAAUGGUGUUGAAAACGGAGCUCAUCAUUAUAUCCUGCAGCGAUGGCGCCGUAAAGAGCGAGCCAUUGCAACCAUUGACCGCGGCAGCAAAAAUCACCACGCCGCGAGUCAACGAUAAGAUUGUCUUUCGCGACGAGCAGGGCACGCUUACCGUUGGUGUUGCCGUCAACAACAAAUUCAUCUUCCGCAACCUUCCCAUCAAGGACGUCUACAUUGGCAACCGCAUGGCAUCUGCUGUUGCUGCUGCUCCCGUGUCCGCCCACCGCAACCGCAACCUCAAUCCACCCACUAUGGUAGCCGUUAAUUUCAUCGGCAUGAUUGUCUUGGUGCAGGACUUGAAUGCGCAUCUAAUCGACGUCUCCACUGGGGUGCUACUACGAACAUUCAACAUUGGCCAUUUCAAAGCCGGCACGUUCAAAGUCGCCCAUCUGGAACCUACGCAUUGCAAAUUUUGCGGAUGUGUUUCCGUGCAUUCGUUUUCGCUAAUUUACCAAGAAGAAGACACCAACAUGGUCAUUGUGCAUACUUUUAAAAUCGACAAUCUGCGAUCCAAGAAUAGCAUAUGUCUCCGUGUGGAGAGAGACCCGCGCGAGAUCCGAUGUUUGGGGUUCAAUAGCGUCUCGGAGUCGCAAUACUGGUACGAAAACAUCAAAUGCUGGCAGGCAAGCGACGUCAACACCAUAAUUGGGCUUGAAAAAUUGCCACCUCCAAUGUCACUGCCGAAUACAACCACAACAACAACCACAAGAACCACGGACUGUUUGGAUAACUACGGCCGUCUCACUUCAUUGCGCCAACGCAAGAAGAAGCUGCCCGCGGUGAAAAAGGACAAGUACGAAGGGUUCAUCAUUUCACUAGUUGACGGUAAAAAGGAAACCUACCCCAUAAACAUUGAGCUGCCAAUCUGCUCGCUGGCGAAGUAUGGCUUCAAAUCCAUCCUCAUCAACUUCGGAGACUCGAUGAAGAUUUUCUACCAGGGGACCAACAAGCUAAUUGAAAAUGAGCUCUACUACAACCCGGCGACGAAUGGCGCCAAUAGCUUGUUGUUUAUCAGUAAGAGGCGAAAUAGACUUUGA